AUGACUAUUUCUUCUGCGCACCCAGAAACAGAACCUAAGUGGUGGAAAGAGGCCACCAUCUAUCAGAUUUACCCAGCAAGUUUCAAAGACUCCAACAACGAUGGAUGGGGUGACAUGAAGGGUAUUGCCUCCAAGUUGGAGUACAUCAAAGAGCUUGGCGCCGAUGCCAUUUGGAUCUCGCCAUUCUACGACUCGCCACAAGAUGACAUGGGUUACGACAUUGCCAACUACGAGAAAGUGUGGCCAACCUACGGUACCAAUGAGGACUGCUUUGCCCUGAUCGAAAAGACACACAAGCUUGGUAUGAAGUUCAUCACCGACUUGGUCAUCAACCACUGCUCCAGCGAGCAUGAAUGGUUUAAGGAAAGCAGAUCCUCAAAGACCAACCCAAAACGUGACUGGUUCUUCUGGAGACCUCCUAAGGGCUACGACGCUGAAGGCAAGCCAAUUCCUCCAAACAACUGGAAGUCCUAUUUUGGCGGUUCCGCAUGGACGUUCGAUGAGAAGACGCAAGAAUUUUACUUGCGUUUGUUUUGUUCUACUCAGCCUGAUCUCAACUGGGAAAGUGAAGAGUGUAGAAAGGCAAUCUACGAAAGUGCUGUUGGAUAUUGGUUGGACCAUGGUGUUGACGGUUUCAGAAUCGAUGUGGGAAGCUUGUAUUCCAAGGUAGUCGGUUUACCAGAUGCUCCUGUUGUUGAUAAAAGCUCGACCUGGCAAUCAAGUGAUCCAUACACCUUGAAUGGUCCACGUAUUCACGAGUUCCAUCAAGAAAUGAACAAGUUUAUCAGAGACAGAGUUAAGGAUGGCAGAGAGAUUAUGACGGUUGGUGAAAUGCAACAUGCCUCCGACGAAACCAAGAAACUGUACACGAGUGCUUCAAGACACGAGCUUGGUGAGUUGUUCAACUUCUCUCAUACUGAUGUUGGGACAUCUCCCUUAUUCCGUUACAAUUUAGUCCCAUUUGAGUUGAAGGAUUGGAAGGUUGCCCUUGCAGAGCUUUUCAGAUACAUCAACGGGACAGACUGUUGGUCAACAAUUUAUCUGGAAAACCACGACCAACCUCGUUCUAUCACGAGAUUUGGUGACGAUUCUUCAAAGAAUCGUGUAAUUUCUGGUAAGUUAUUGUCUGUGUUAUUAAGUGCUUUGACCGGUACUCUGUAUGUGUACCAAGGGCAAGAGUUGGGCCAAAUCAAUUUCAAGAACUGGCCUGUUCAAAAGUACGAGGACGUUGAAAUCAGAAACAACUACAAGGCAAUCAAGGAGGAGCAUGGGGAAAACUCAGAGGAGAUGAAGAAGUUUUUAGAAGCCAUUGCCCUUAUCUCCAGAGACCAUGCCAGAACACCUAUGCAGUGGUCGCGUGAAGAGCCAAAUGCCGGAUUUUCUGGUCCUAAUGCCAAGCCAUGGUUUUACUUGAACGAGUCUUUCAGAGAAGGUAUUAACGUCGAAGAUGAGGUCAAGGACCCCAGCUCAGUUUUGAACUUCUGGAAGGAGGCUUUGAAGUUUAGAAAAGCGCACAAGGACAUUACUGUGUACGGCUAUGAUUUUGAGUUCAUUGAUAUGGACAACAAAAAGCUAUUUAGCUUCACUAAGAAGUACGACAACAAAUCAUUGUUUGCUGCUUUGAACUUUAGCUCUGAUGCUAUAGACUUUACGAUUCCAAACGAUAACUCGUCGUUUAAGUUAGAGUUUGGGAACUACCCAAAGAAGGAAGUAGAUGCAUCUUCCAGAACAUUGAAGCCAUGGGAAGGAAGAAUCUACAUCAGCGAAUGA